GGGGAGGGGGGGGGGUUGACUGGUUGGUUGAGUAAUCCCAUCGCAUUCGGCACGAGGAAGAGAUAAAAUCUUUCGUAAAAUGUUGCAGAACAUUGCAUCUUGUAGUUUAAAAGGAGCCGCGAGGCGAUCGACGACAGGCUUGAGAAAUGGCUCGAGGGAACGUUCGUUGUUACGUGCGCAUCGCCCACCGUCGACGGAAUUGCUCAGUGUACAGAUGCAAUCGACGACUCUACGACAGUAUUCAAGCUCGGGGCGACGGCCGAGCUUCAUAUCCCAAUUCAUCGACAAUAUCAGGCAGGAGAUGCGAAAGAACAAAGAGAUGCAAGACUCGUUAAAAAAGUUCAGAGAAGAGACCCAAAAACUGGAGCAAUCGGAGGCGUUACGGACAGCGAGACAGAAAUUUCAGGCUGUCGAAUCUGAAGCUACCAAAGGAUCAGAAGUUAUUAAGGAAAAGCUGGACACAUUUAAAGAGAAAAUGCAAGAGGUUAUCGAAGAGGCGAGCAAGACUGAACUAGGUAAGCGCGCUGGCCAGUUAGGCGAAGAAAUUACGAAAUCUGCCAAAGGCGCGGCGGAGACGAUCUCUGAAAAGGGCCACGCGCUUGGUAAAACCGGUGCGUUUCAGACGAUCUCGCACACCGCGGAGGCCGUACGGAACGAACUCGACCAACACGGGAUUCUAGGCAAAGUUUAUGUUCCGCUCAAGAAACUACGGAAGAGAAACGAAGCACCUGUGGAGCCUAGGGAAAUUAUGCCCGACGACAAAACGACAGGUGUGGAAAUGCACAAGGACUUCAUGUUCGCCAACGCUUGGCAAAACUUCAAGGAUAAGAAUCCAUACGUGAAUAAAGUAAUGGACUGGAAGAUUAAAUACGACGAGUCGGAUAAUGCCGUGCUGCGGGCUUCCAGAUUGCUCACCGACAAGGUUUCAGACAUUAUAGGCGGACUGUUCCAAAAGACCGAACUGUCGGAGACCCUGACAGAGAUCUGCGCUCUGGAUCCGAAUUUUUGUAAAAUACAAUUUUUGAAAGAUUGCGAGACGGAUUUCAUCCCGAACAUUCUCGAGGCGAUGGUCAGGGGCGAUCUCGAGAUCCUGAAAGACUGGUGUCACGAAGCGCCUUACAACCUGAUCGCACUGCCGCUCAAGGAGGCGAAGAAGCUAGGGUAUCAUUUGGACAGUAGAAUCCUCGACAUCGACAACGUGGACUUGGUGAUGGGCAAGGUGAUGGAACAGGGUCCGGUCCUGAUCAUCAGCUUUCAGUCUCAGCAGAUCAUAUGCGUGCGAAACGCGAAGAACGAGGUGGUCGAGGGCGAUCCGCAAAAAGUGAUGCGCGUCAAUUACGUCUGGGUAUUGUGCCGCGACCGAACGGAACUCAAUCCGAAGGCUGCCUGGCGCUUGCUCGACCUUAGUGCCACCAGUUCGGAGCAGCUGGUAUAGUGCGCGAGCCAACGAGCGCGCCAGAAAAAUGCGAACACUCGAGAAUCCGUGCGGCAUCGUCAGGUUGAAGCGUAGCAUUUAGUGUUGUAUACAUCGUUACUACCACUCGCAUCGUUGAAAUAAUAAAAAAAGACCGAACGCUGACCGAGAACUCCUUGGCAAUCGUCAAGCGAUUGAACGAUACGUAAUGCAGGGCGUGCGUUACUUGUAAAUUGGAAUGUUUACUCGUGUACAUGGAAUUCUAGCAAGGCCGACGCAUGUAAAUUUUACGUGUGCGCGAUUGUAAGUACAUAUAAAUACACGACAUUAAGUUGCAAGAUGAUUUACGACUUGUAAAUGCACAUUAUUCAAUGUAUGACUCGCGAUUGAAUUGAUUCCAAACAUGUAGCUCGCUAUUAUUUAAAGGUAGCUCAUAAUUAGGAUAUUGUUUUUAUCGCGCGCGUACGUGGAGCGAGUAUCGAGUAAUGAUAAUUACUCACAAGUGCGUUUUACCGAUUAGAUUGUUAGAUAUUUUACGUCUAGCCAAAGUUUUGUAUCAUCCUCUCUGUACAUACGCUGACAUGUUGAAUUGUACGUUAUAGAAUAAUUUAUAUAUAUAUAUAUAUUACAGAUCUUUCUACGAACACCAAUUUUCAUACAAUAUAAUCGCGGAGAUGGACCUAAUUCGUAAUUUAUUUUACAACUGCUGCGAGACAUAUCUAAAUCAACAUUUCUCGAUGACAUCGUUAACAAAAUUAUUUAUCACUCCAAUUCCUUCAUUAUUUUGUGUUCUAUGUAUUAAUGGAGAAAGAUAAUUAAAGAUAUCCGUUUUCCUUGCUAUGCUAAAAUUAGUAAAAAAUGGAAUUGGAAAUAUUAAUACUUACAAGACGGUCUUCAGGAGGUAAAAACAUCCUUAUUGCAAUUUUGCGAUAUGAACAAAUCCAAUAUCUGAUAUAUUAUAUGAAAAUACGUUUCGAUUUAAUAUUUGUUAACGCAGCUAUAAACGUGUAUAAAUGUACAUAUGUACAAGCUGAUAUAACCAAUUGUAAUGUACAGUGAUGAAAUUGUUAAGAGAAAUAUUGAUUAUUUUUUAAAGAUAGUAUGUUGUACAUGUUCUGCUAACAUCAGUUUCACUCGAAACGGAAUAAAAUGAUACCCGAACGAAGAAUAAA